GCAUACAAUUUUUUUUGUUGUCCUUAAAAAAAAUUAUUAAAACGGACAAACUGCAGUUAUUGCUAAGUUUUUUGCUAACUAUUGUUUUAUUAACAACUGCAAUGGCCUGGCGUUCGGUAGGAACUAACAAUACAGACCUUAUACGACAAUUAAAAGAGUAUAGGGUAAUUGCGUCUGAUGCAGUAGCAGAGGCCAUGAUAGCCACAGACAGAAAAUUCUAUUCACCUCGCAAUCCUUAUAUGGAUGCUCCUCAAAGUAUUGGACAUGGCGUUACCAUAAGCGCACCACAUAUGCAUGCUUUUGCUUUGGAAUAUUUAAGAGAUCAUAUGAAACCAGGUGCCCAUGUUUUAGAUGUUGGCUCAGGUUCUGGAUAUUUAACAGCUUGUUUUUAUCGUUACCUACAAGCUCAAGGCGAUAAUUCGAACACUAGAAUAGUGGGUAUUGAACAUCAACCUGAAUUGGUUUGCCUCAGCAAGGAAAAUCUUAACAAUGAUGACCCUCAAAUGUUGCAAUCAGGAAAACUCAUAAUCGUAGAGGGUGAUGGCCGUAAGGGUCUUCCAGAACAUGCUCCAUAUAAUGCUAUACAUGUGGGUGCCGCCGCUCCAGAAACUCCAACAGCUUUAAUAGAACAGUUGGCUAAAGGUGGAAGAUUAAUAGUACCAGUAGGUCCAGAGGGCGGUGAACAAUAUAUGAUGCAGUAUGACAAAGAUGAAGACGGCAAUGUGAAAAAUACACGUUUAAUGGGAGUUAUGUACGUCCCAUUGACUGAUUUGCGACGCUCUUGACUUGUUUUAGCUUUCAAAGCGUUUAUUGUUUUUGUUUUGCUAGGGUUUGUAACAUAUCGCUUUUGGGUUUGGUUGCAUUAAGCAGAUGAACAAAAAUAUUCUCUUUGAAAGCUGCAUAUAUUUUAUAAAACUUUUGAUUUAUUUAUUUAAAACUGUUUAGCUUUCCUUUGAGGAAUAAAAACACUGAAAUCUGUUUAAA